UUUUGUACUUUUCAACAUGUCGAACGAACUUGAUUUCGGGGCGACAAUGUCUCCGUAACGUGUGCGCAGCGGAACUUAAAAAGGGCAGAGACGUCUCUUUUUUUCUUUUUUUUGUUUAGCUUUUUUUUUUUUUUUGUCGGGAAGGACGGAGCGGCGGUUGGGAAAAUGUGUUGUCAUCUUCGUGCAGUCAACAGCCUUGGGCAACAAAUAUGGCUACUUGUGUAUCCUUCAAUUCGGGUUGAAAACCGUCCCGACUGGGUCGACUUGGAUAGUUUCGGCGAGUCACGACAGUAGCACGAAGUGAAGUUGACUACCAGCAACGUAAAGACGCUGGGUUUUUGUCCCCGAAGCGGAUUUUUGGUUAAACCCGAAGCGGAGCGAUACAGAGAUGGAGCCCAAGCAUAAAGAGUUGUUGGAGAAAUGUUACCAGAACUUGGUGGAGUCGAUAACAGAUGCGGACCGAGUUGUGGAUGUUUUGGCUCACUGCGGGACCCUCAGCCAGUCCGAACGCUACGAGCUGGGACACAACUGCUCCAGCAACUCUGAGAAAGUGGCCCUUCUCCUGAAGAUACUCAUAAGUAAAGACAGAGACCAUUUCGCAGAGUUUUGCACGGCCCUGGAGAAGCUGCACCCUCACCUGCACUCCGUGCUGCUGAAUGGCACCGGACCAGUGGAUCACACAACCGGUUCCACUUACAGCAUCUUGUCCACCAUGCCGUCGGACUCGGAAAGCAGCAGCUCUCUCAGCAGCUUAGGUACGCCCGGUCAAGCCUCCUCCCCUCCGCCCGCUCACAUGGACAGCCACCAGGUUAACGAGAAGAUGGAGACGGUUCUGUUCCAGCUCAGACAUGUGACCCGUGAGAGGGACGAACUACGCAAACGUCUGGCUCUCUCGUCACCCGGAACCACCUUCGAUGACUGCAGACCAAACUCAAAAGCAGGUCACGACUACGAGCGUCUGAAGCUGCAGUGCAUGAAAGCGAUGGCAGACCUGCAAUCCCUGCAGAACCAGCACAGCAGCACCCUGAAGAGGUGCGAGGAGGCUGUGAAGAAAGCAGACUUCUACCAUACGCUGCACAGCCGGCUGGCGAGCGAGCAGGCCCAGCUGAAAGAGGAGCUGGAGGCGGUGAGAGGGGACAACAUCCAGCUGGUCAGGGAGCACAACCACGUGAAGCAGGCCUGCGAGGAGCUGAGGAGGCUACGUGACGACGACCAGAGAGAGGUGGCUGAAAUGAGGAUACUGCACCAGCAGGUGAUGAGAGAGGGCGCCUCUGAUGUCCUCAACAAGCUUUAUGAUACAACUGUUGACAAGUUGGAGGCCUUGAAGAGUGACUACGAGGCUCUGAGGAAGCACUACAACGAGAAGACGGCCGGUCACAACGCAGACCUCAGUCGUCUGGACCAGGCUGAGGAGGAGAACCACCGGCUCCAGAAACAGCUGGAUAUGCUGCUGAAGCAGAGAGAUGCUGCCAUCCACUAUCAGCAACAGUACUCCUCGUCUAUAAGAAGGUUUGACAACACGCAGCAAGAACUGUCCAAAGCCACAGCCCAGAACAAGGAGCUGCAGCGAGAGAUGGACCGGCUGCAGUCGGAGGCGACCCGGCAGAAGACCCAGCAGCUCAAGGCGGUGAAGGACAGCGAGAAAUACAGGGAGGAGCGGGACUCUGUGAUCAACGAGUACCGCUUGAUCAUGAGCGAGCGAGAUCAGGUGAUCAAAGAGGUGGACAGGCUUCAGACUGGGCUGGAGAUGGCCGAGGCGAAGCUGAAGAACACUUCCUCAGAGAGACGGGUGGCCAGCGAAGAGCUGGAGGCUCUCCGACAGGAGCUGGCCUCAGCACUGGUGGACAGGGACCGGGCCAUCUGUGAAAAGAACGAGCUGCUGGAGAAAUACUGCCACGAGGUAAAGGACAAGGCCGAGGCCCAGAAAGAGCUGAGCCAGGCCUGCAAGGACAUCGAGACGGUGCGCGAGGAGAGGGACGUGGCCCGCAAGGAGAGGACAGAGGCCAUCAUCCAGAGGGACCAGCUGCUGCGAGAGUAUUACCAGGCCAGACAGAAACAAGACUCUGCCACUCUGGACAUGGAACGAGCCAACAAGGAGAUUGAUAUCCUGAGGAAGCAGUACGAGGCCGUCUCUCAGGAGCUGAAAGAGGCCGUGCAAGAGGCCGAGGUAGCCAAGUGCCGGCGAGACUGGGCCUUUCAGGAGAGGGACAAGAUAGUGGCAGAGAGGGAGAGCAUACGCACACUAUGUGACAACCUGAGACGAGAGCGGGACAGAGCUGUGAGUGAUCUGGCGGAUGCUCUGAGGAACCUGGAUGACACAAGGAAGCAAAAGAACGACGCUGCACGGGAACUCAAAGAACUAAAAGAAAAGAUGGAGGACCAGUUAGAAAAGGAAGCAAGGUUUCGUCAGCUGAUGGUUCACAGUUCACAUGAUUCAGCCAUCGACACAGACUCGAUGGAGUGGGAGACGGAAGUUGUAGAAUUUGAGAAGCACAGAGACAUGGAUUUGAAAGCGCUUGGGUUUGAUAUCGCUGAAGGGGUAAAUGAUCCUUAUUUACCAGGAGAUUGUGGCAUAUUUGUCAGUAAAGUGGAUAAAGGAAGUAUUGCUGAAGGAAGAUUAAGGGUGAACGAUUGGUUGUUGAAAAUGAAUGAUGUGGACCUGACCAAUAAGGAUAGGAAACAGGUGAUCAAAGCGGUGCUGAGCGGCGAGGGACUGAUCAAUCUGGUGGUACGCAGAAGGAAGUCACUCGGAGGACGGAUCAUCACGCCGAUCCAGAUGAACCUGGCUGGACACAAAGACAGUGGCAUCGGUCUGGAAAGUGGCGUGUUUGUUGCCACUUUGAGUCCAGGGAGUCCAGCUGCCAGAGACUGCGCUCUUACUGUCGGGGAUCGACUGUUAGCUAUCAAUGGCAUUGCACUGGAUAACAAGUCGCUCUCUGAAUGUGAGUCUCUGCUGAGGAACUGCCGUGAUUCUCUCAGCAUCUCCCUCAUGAAGUUCCUACCACAGAGCUAUUCUGGACAAAGUUUAUUUGAAGGAUUGAGAGACUCGGAAAAGAUCUCUCGGCUCCAGCCCUGUGAGAUGCACACCAGUAACUGCAGGAACUCCAAGCACAACUGUUCUAAGCACAACUGCUCCACACAAACAGACAUUUGCAGCUGUGACUUGGGUGGCAGGGGGGACACAGCUUGCAAGGAUACAGGUGACUCUUUGGACAGCAGCGGCGGCGGCAACUCUCACUGCCACCACAAGCCUUUUUCCAACAGCUCCCUGCAUUCCCGCUCCCUUUCCAACUCUCACAGUCCCUUAGAGCCCCACCCAGACGUCUGCUACAGGAGGCAGGAGCUCCACCAUCGUCCCUUCACUUUCACCCCUGUGCUCUCUGAAUGCAUCUCUCCUCAGACAGUUUUGGACCGAUUGCAAAGUUCAACAGCAAAGCCCAGUGGAGGCACGUGGCCUAAAGUCAUAACAGAACCUUCUAUUCCUGAGUGUGCCCAGCUCUCGAUAUACAAAAAAGUAAAACAGAGGAAGUCCAUCUUUGAAGUGAACGCUUUCAGGAGACCCGAGGCGUCCUCAAAAGCGGACUACAUGUCUCUUUCUCACUUGCCCAAGCACUCGCCGCCAAGUUCAAUAUCUGAAUCCGCUCAGACCCCUCCCACCCCGCCAGCCAGGAGCGACUCGUUCAGGUUCAAGCAUCGCCAGCAGAACAGCUCGGCAUCCGACUCCACAAUAACCACCAGCACUCCACCAACCACCCCGGCUCAAGCUACAAGCCCACAGGACCAAGGAGAGGCAGGGGACCCGCUUUGUUACCCCGACGCUCCUCCUGGUGAAGCCAAAGGCAGCUCCAAGAAAACUGCUGAGGAGGGGCGUCGACACAGAGUGGAGGAGCGGCAGAAGAGGAGGUACAGGCCGAAAUCGGCACCUGCACUGCGGCGAAAUGUUACUCCAUUACACAUCCCUGUCCCCAUGCAGAAUUUCUCUAACGACGAGCACUCCCCGGAACCGAUGGACUUGUUGCGCUUCUCGCCCAUGCGGUCCAAUCGGUACAGCAUGCCCUUUGCACCCCCCAGCUACGGCAGCGUCACGUCACACCCAGCACAGCGAGGUCUAGCGCCGUGUCCUGCAGUAACGGCGGUGAUGAGGAACCCAGUGUACACCGCCUGGAGCCAUGAGAUCCAGACCAACAACUGUCCUCCAGCUUCCAGCUCAGGCGUCCACACACAUUCACACCCAAGCCCCCAGCAUCAAGGUUGCCUCAGCCUGGACCUCAGCCACAAGCGCACUGGAGACCAACCACCACACAGCACCAACUCCCUGCCCUCCUGUGCCAGACUGGGCUCCUCCAGUGCAUUACAGAUUAAGGCAGAACGCAUUAAGAUCCCUCCAACUCGUUAUCCGCGCUCCACUGGAUCUGACAAAGGCUCCCUCUCACAUUCGGAGUGCAGCAGCCCAACACCUCCAACGUCCCCCGUUAACUUGGAGACCUCGUCUUUCACUAGUUGCCAAUCGCAGAGCUCCAUUUCCACCCAGCCCAGGAUAUCAGUCAGUCCCGCUCCUGUUGGUGACAGGCGGAAAGAUGGGCCAUACUUGGAGGAGCCACGCAAUGUCAUAGUACAGAAAGGAGCCGAACCACUCGGGAUCUCCAUUGUGAGUGGAGAGAACGGGGGAGUAUUUGUGUCCAAAGUGACAGCAGGCAGCAUCGCACACCAAGCUUGUUUAGAGUACGGAGACCAACUCCUCGAGUUUAAUGGCAUCAACCUUCGCAAUGCCAACGAGCAGCAGGCGCGGCUGGUCAUCGGGCAGCAAUGUGACACAGUCACCAUUUUGGCUCAGUAUAAUCCUCACAUGGUUCAGCUGGGCAACCACUCUCGUUCAGGUUCUCGUAUGGAGUCCAUCAGCAACCAGCCGACUAACCGUGACAGCGGCGCCACCACGCCGGACAGUCACUGCCCCAGUGACACUCUGAGUGAGCAGGACGAGGGCACCAUGACGCCGCCGUCCAAACAGACGACUCCCGCCACCAGCCCUCACAGCUCCUUUAGGCUUCCUGGUUCACGUACACUCCGGGCUGCAGAGCCUCGGCUGGUAAGGCUGAAGAGGAUCCAGGUGGAGCUGGGAGUUCAGAUCUGUGGGGGAAACCUUUACGGCAUCUUUGUGGAGAGUUUGGAUGAUGAGAGCCCUGCUAAGGGUCCUGAAGGCCUGCUGCUUGGAGACUUGAUAUUGGAGUACAACGGCAUCAGCAUGAAGAACAAAACUAAAGAAGAUGCUUACCUGGAAAUGUUGAAACCAGCUGAAACAAUCACAUUCAAGGUCCAGAACUGCGUGGACAACCUCUCUGCAAUCAAAGAGUCCCCCGGAGAUGGAUUUUUCAUAAGAGCACUUUAUGAGAGGGUGGCAGAGGUAGAGCAGGAACUCGGCUUUAAGAAAGAUGACAUCCUGUAUGUUGAAGAUACACUACCAAAUGGCAAUUUUGGCUACUGGAUGGCCUGGCAACUCGACGAGAAUGCACAGAAGUUGGAAAAAGGGCAGAUUCCAAGUAAAUACAUGAUGGACCAGGAGUUCUACAAAAGACACAGCAUGGCCGACAUGAAAGACGACAACGGCACCAGCAAGACUCUGUCGGCCGCGGCUCGGCGGUCCUUCUUCCGCCGCAGGCUGAAACACAAACGCAGCGGAUCAAAGGACGGGAAGGAUCUGAUGACUCUGGACGCCAUAAGCAUAGAUUCUUUACCCAUUACAGAAGAUGGAGUCAGCCUGAUGUACCAGAGGGUUCAGAGGGUGGAGUGCUCUUUCCCCAGAUCAGUGCUGGUCUUGGGCCCAUUAGUGGAGGCCAGUAAGGAAAUGUUGGUGAAGGAGGCUCCUGACCAGUUCUGUCGUUGUCUGCCUGAGAUAAUGAAGGCAUCUCAGCAGGCAAUAGAGCGCGGAGUAAAGGAUUGUGUGUUCAUCGACUACAAACGGAGGAGCGGCCAUUUUGAUGUGACAACUGUAGCUUCAAUAAAAGAGAUCACAGAGAAGGACUGUCACUGUUUACUUGACAUUGCACCUCACGCCAUCGAGCGUCUUCACAGCGUUCACAUCUACCCAAUCGUCAUAUUCAUUCGCUACAAAAAUGCCAAGCAGAUAAAAGAGCAGAAGGACCCUUUGUACCUGCGGGAUAAACUCUCUCAGAAACAUUCCAAGGAGCAGUAUGAGGCGGCACAGAAAAUAGAACAGGAGUACAGCCGCUUCUUCACAGGCGUUGUUCAAGGAGGCAGUGUCGCCUUCAUUUACACUCAGAUCAUGACCAUCGUGGAGCAGGAACAAAGUAAAGUGCUGUGGAUUCCAGAUGGAGCGCUGUAGAAAUGUCACCGCACGUCACUCCAAAAACAUUAGAGAAAAUGUGAUUAUUAUGGGAUACACAGUGAAUCGGUACAGCUAAAAGACAUUGUGGUUAACUCCAAUGCUUUUUCACAUGUAGCAAUAUCCGCACUGAUGACAAUGAUGAUCAUGUAAUAUUCCCACUACAAUAGCGUUGUACUGUACUACAGAUAGAUUUGUUUACACUAGUAUUUAAUACUUGAAUGUUUUAUUUUCCAUUGCAUCUAGUAGCACUCCUUUUUAAUCCCACUUUGUACCAUGAAUAUGUCGGACCACAGGAAGUCUGCAUCGACGCAAACUGAAGACUUUAUUCUUGAAGAUAAGAGUGGACCACCGUGUUCCCUUCGCUAUAUUUAUACGUAUUUUCCUGCCAUGUAAUUUAGCUAAUCAAAUCAAAGAUGUUGGUUAUGAACUUUUUGUUAUACAAAUGUAGUUGUGUAGUUAAUAGGAAGAAUGCUAUUUUCACAUUACUGUCCUACUUUCACGUUAUGUUGCAGUCGUCUGUUCUAUUUUUCUCUUUGAUGGCACUGUCUUUUCAUUCAUCAUUUCAGCCCUAAAAAUAUUGUGCCAAGCUAAAAAUAUUUGCUCCUCACUACCCAUUGUUCGAAUUUAUUAACACUACAACGUCCAGUAUAAAUCACACAGCAGGCAUUUUCUUUACACCCCAGUUUGUGUGUUGCCAAUAGUUUUAAUCUGUCAAGUGCAUUUUUUUUUUUUUUUUUUUUAAAGGGAUAUUUUAUUUGUGGUUCAUGGUUGGCUGUCGACUAAACCUCUUUACACGCACGUUUUAGAUUUUCAGUACAUGACGUUGUCAACAUUUCAUGUUCAAGUUGGUUGAAACACUCUAGGCCCUCUCCUAAUGAACGUUAAUAUGUCUAUGAUAUUAAAAACCGUUCAGUUAAUGG